UUCGUAGGAGCUGUGGUCUCGCCCUUUGAGGCUCCAGCCAGAGCGCGCAGGCUUCUGGGUCCUGGGGAACCGGCAGAUGGCCUGCAGCGCACGGUCCGGCCCCCACGCUGGCCACGUUCGCUAGCGUCAUCUCUCCCUCCCACCUCCUACCCCUCAAAAUCCAGCGGCCGAGCUAUUGCGGAUCCCUUAGGGCUCCUAGAGCAAAGCUGAGUGGGGAGGAGAAAGGGGCGGAGAGCCGGGAGAGAGGGAGGGCGAAGAGCCUGGCCACCCCCGGCCUUUUCCGGCAAGCUCAGCUCUUAGAGUUCACCCGGCUCCUAGGCGUCGAAUUACAGAAGCUCCUCAUCGCCAUACUCAUAGAAGUGAGAAAGUUGGCACGGUCACCCAGGGCUUCGCAGGACCAGGUCACUCAGUGACAGAUGGACAAUGCAAGAAUGAGCUCCUUCCUGGAAUAUCCCAUCCUCAGCGGUGGCGACUCCGGGACCUGUUCAGCGCGAGCCUACCCCUCCGACCAUGGAAUUACAACUUUCCAGUCUUGUGCAGUCAGUGCCAACAGCUGUGGCGGCGACGACCGCUUCCUAAUGGGCAGGGGGGUGCAGAUCAGCCCGCCCCACCACCACCACCACCAUCACCACCCACAGCCGGCCACCUACCAGACUCCUGGGAACCUGGGGGUGUCCUACUCCCACUCGAGCUGUGGUCCAAGCUACGGCGCGCAGAACUGCGGAGCGCCUUACAGCCCUUACGCAUUAAAUCAGGAAGCAGAAGUAAGUGGUGGGUACCCCUCGUGCGCUCCCGCUGUUUACUCUGGAAAUCUCUCAUCUCCCAUGGUCCAGCAUCACCACCACCACCAGGGUUAUGCCGGGGGCGCGGUGGGCUCGCCUCAGUACAUUCACCACUCAUAUGGACAAGAGCACCAGAGCCUGGCCCUGGCCACGUAUAAUAACUCCUUGUCCCCUCUCCACGCCAGCCACCAAGAAGCCUGUCGCUCCCCUGCAUCAGAGACGUCUUCUCCAGCGCAGACCUUUGACUGGAUGAAAGUAAAAAGAAACCCUCCCAAAACAGGGAAAGUUGGCGAGUACGGCUACGUGGGUGAGCCCAACGCGGUCCGCACCAGCUUCACCACCAAGCAGCUCACGGAGCUGGAGAAGGAGUUCCACUUCAACAAGUACCUGACGCGCGCCCGCAGGGUGGAGAUUGCCGCGUCCCUGCAGCUCAAUGAGACCCAAGUGAAGAUCUGGUUCCAGAACCGCCGAAUGAAGCAGAAGAAACGAGAGAAAGAGGGCCUUUUGCCCAUUUCUCCCGCCACCCCUCCGGGUAGCGAGGAGAAGGCCGAGGAAUCCUCAGAGAAGUCCAGCUCCUCGCCCUGCGUUCCUUCCCCAGGGUCUUCUACCUCAGACACUCUGACUACCUCCCACUGAGGCUGGCCCAUCCCCAGACUCCAGCCGCCCAGGCUACUCCUUGGUUGGGACUUCUUACCCAAAGCACAUUCUUAGCUUAUCUUCCAUUUGCAGUCUCUUUCUUUCCGAUCCUAUCUGGGGACCUCCUGGGCAGAAUAAUGUGUUUCCAGAGAAUUCUGAGCUAGAGGCUUGAUUUGGGGUGGCGGUGGUGUGUGUGUGUGUGUGUAG